AGGCCAUCAAUACUGGGUAGAAGAACAAGUUCAUUGAAACCAUGGGUGAUUGCUGUUAUUGUCACAGCUGUUGUAUUGGUUCUGGCAAUAAUUAUUGGUCUCCUUGUUUAUUUUUUGGCAUAUGACCAGAAGCUUCACUAUUACCAGGCCUCUUUCCAGAUUCCCAGUAUUGAAUAUAAUCCUGAUUUUUCGGUAGAACACUCAAUACUUAAGACUGACUUGAACGAAAAAAUCAAUAGUGAGAUAGAUAUGAUAUUUCAAAGAUCCGGUUUAAACCAUCAUUACAUCAAGUCUCAAGUCAUCAACCUUAGGCCAAGUAAUGAUGGUUUAAAAACAGAUGUAUUGCUUAAAUUUCAGUUUACUUCUAACAAGGCGGACACAAUAAAAAGGCAAGCUUAUAACAUUUUGCACCAGAAGUUGAAAUCAAAUGAAAGCUUCUUGAAGAUAGACACUUCAUUACCUUAUCUUAGAGAUUUGAAUGAAGCACAAGCAGAGCACAUUCUGAACAGCUGCUGUGGUUUAGGGAAGGAGUUGCCAUCCAUGGAAAGAAUUGCUGAUGGUCAAAUUUCAAGGAAAGGCGACUGGCCAUGGCAAGCCAGCUUACAAGUAGACGGCAUCCAUAUGUGUGGAGCAUCACUGAUCAGUGAGGAGUGGCUUUUGACUGCCGCCCACUGUUUUGAUAUUUACAAAAACCCAAAACUGUGGAUGGCUAGUUUUGGAAGAACCCUGAGCCCUCCACUGAUAAGGAGAAAGGUGCAGUCAAUUAUUGUUCAUGAAAACUAUGCUGCCCAUAAACACGAGGAUGACAUCGCUGUGGUGAAGCUCUCCACCCCCGUCAUGUUUUCCAAUGUGGUGCACAGAGUCUGUCUCCCAGAUGCUACUUUUGAAGUCUUGCCUAAGAGUAAAGUGUUUGUCACUGGAUGGGGGGCAUUGAAAGCAAACGGUCACUUUCCCAAUGUUCUUCGAGAAGUUGAAGUCGAGAUCAUAAGUAAUGAUAUAUGUAAUCAAGUUAAUGUAUAUGGUGGUGCUGUCUCAUCAGGAAUGAUAUGUGCUGGAUUCUUGACUGGAAAACUAGAUGCUUGUGAGGGUGAUUCUGGAGGACCGCUGGUAAUUGCCCGUGAUAGAAACAUCUGGUAUCUUAUUGGAAUAGUAAGCUGGGGAAUAGACUGUGGAAAAGAAAACAAGCCUGGACUUUAUACCAAAGUGACUCAUUAUCGGGACUGGAUUAAAUCUAAAACUAACAUCUAA